UAAGCAACUUAAAAGAAGAGAGAGAGAGAGAGAGAGAGAGCUCUCUUUUCUUUGCUAUCCUCAACUCCUUUCUGGGUGUUCACCAGCUUCCCUCAGUCUUCCACCAUGGCAGCAAUGCUGAGAUCUCUGCUAGCUCUUUUGCUCUUCACUUCAAUAUUCUCCCACAUUUCAGAGGUCUCAUCAACAACAAUAACACUACACAACAAGUGCACGCAUCCAGUGUGGCCAGGUAUCCAACCAAGUGCAGGAAAACCCAUAUUGGCCCGUGGAGGCUUCAAGCUCCCACCCAACAAGGCAUACACUCUCCACAUCCCACCACUCUGGUCCGGCCGUUUGUGGGGUCGCCAUGGCUGCUCCUUUGAUGCCUCCGGGCGUGGCCGUUGUGCCACUGGAGACUGUGGUGGCUCCCUCUACUGCAAUGGCAUUGGAGGCACCCCACCUGCCACGCUAGCAGAAAUCACCUUAGGCAACGAACAAGAUUUCUAUGACGUUAGCCUUGUAGAUGGCUACAAUCUUGCAAUCUCAAUAACCCCAUUUAAAGGAUCCGGGAAAUGUAGCUAUGCAGGGUGUGUCAGUGACUUAAACUUGAUGUGUCCAUUAGGGUUACAAGUCAGGUCAAAAGAUAACAGGAGUGUUGUGGCUUGCAAGAGUGCUUGUUUUGCUUUCAAUUCUCCAAGGUAUUGCUGUACUGGUAGAUUUGGUACCCCCCAAGCUUGCAAGCCGACUGCUUAUUCCAGGAUAUUCAAGGCAGCUUGCCCUAAGGCCUACUCUUAUGCUUAUGAUGAUCCUACAAGCAUUGCAACUUGCACUCGUGGGAAUUAUUUGGUCACUUUCUGUCAUCACCGCUGAUGUGUGAAGGAUUUGUGUCUUCUGAUCACUUCAAUUGGGAGUCCGUCUUCCUUUGGCUUAUCAAUGUAGCUAGUAUUAUAUGUUGUUGCUGCUGAGGUCAAGGGCUUGCUUCAGUGUAUUGUUCCAGUACAUAAUGAAUUAUGUUAUAUAUCUAAUUAAUAUAUAUUGUAGUGGUCUUGAUUGAGUUGGCCAAUGUUGUA